AUGGAAAAAGCUCUGAAACUCAAAGAGAAGAAGCAAGGCCAAGCCAUGCAAACAUUGCAACAACAAGACUCUCAUCACUCUCAGGCUAAGCCUCCCAAACAAGGGCUAACAACAAUCACCACCCAUGUUGAGAGGCUCAAGUCUCCACCAGAAGACCAGGUCAAGCUAGCUGCCACUGCCAUCACCCUCAAUGUACGGUUGAGAUCAUCCGAUAUGCCAGCCCACAUGCAGAAUCAUGCUCUCCGCCACACGAGAACGCUCCUUGACUCAGCAGCAGCACCACCACCAGCCCCCAAAACUCGUCCAAACCCAACUCACCUAGCUCGGGCUCUCAAAAAGGAGUUUGACUCGGUGUAUGGACCGGCGUGGCACUGUGUUGUGGGAACGAGUUUUGGAUCGUUCGUGACUCACUCACCUGGUGGGUUUGUGUAUUUCUCUGUUGACGACUCGCUGUCGGUGCUUCUCUUCAAAACAGAGGUGCAGUUGGUCAAGGAAAAACCACAACCAGCACAAGCAGCAAAGCCUUAA